AUGCCGAGGGUGUCGAUCAAGCUCACCUCGGCCGCCCGUAGAAACGCGAGGACGCCAGCUGAAGGUGCCAAGGCUCCGGCCGCGCCCGUACCGGCGGCGACGAUUCUGCGGGGCCCCUUGGUCGCGCACCGGGAGGGCGGUAAGCGCACCGGCAACAGCGACCACGGGAGCGACAAAGACGACUACAGCUUUCUCGAGGACGACUUCAGCUUUGAUGACGAUGAUUUGGAGGACUCAUCGAGCUCACCAACGGCGUGCCCGUUCAAGGCUGCAGUAGAAGCAACAGAGCUUGCUCAGAAGGCCAAGGACGAGCUUUGCCUGGCGAAACUCCAAGCGGAGAAGAGGAAGGAUACGGUCGGCCAGAAAAUGCGGGAAACCGAUGUGGCGUGGAUCCAACAGCUUUCCGUCAAAGCCAUGAACGCAAUCACUGCCGCAUCGAACAUGACUUCCGGUGCUGCUGCCGCCAUGUAUACGGCGAGUCGCGAGGACCCCAAAAAUCAGGCGACGGGUUCAGCGGCGGCGGUGACGGCGGCGGGAACGUGCUCGACUUCGGCCCCUUCCAGUGCGCCUCAACGGCGGAGAUGGAAGCGCAUCAACCGGAACGUCAACGCAUCUGUCGCAACCCCCCCUGCGGGAACUUCUCAGCCAGGAGAACGGAGGACCACCACCACAGCAGUCAUGGAAGUGCACACGAAGCGCGGUAUCAACGCCAGCGGCACGAUGGCCACCGCUGCCAAGCCCCGUCCAGCACGAAAUGCGUCUUCCGACGAAACCUGCACGGGGAUGGCGAUGGAAGAGGAGCAGCCACAUUCGACGGAGUCAGCGGUGGCAUGCAUCGGUGCAACUCCCUGGGCCAUGCCCUCCGCACCGGCUGCUCUGCCCGCACCGGCAUCUGCACCUGCGGGUGACUCGGACAUGGCGAUCGUCGAGGACCAGGCUUGCCAGAUGACGGCGGCGGCAGCCUUAUUGGCCAUAACCGCAAGUCCAUGGGUUAUUCCCCCAGCCCCGGCUGCUCUGCCUGUGCCGGCCGCUGUGCCUGCCGUCGGUGAAAUAUCGGCUAUGGAUCAAGAGCAGGCUAGCAAGUCGACGGCAGCCGAAGCGUUGAUAGCCAUGCCCGCAACUUCCUCGGCUAUGCUCCCGGCCCUGGCUGCUCUGCCUGCGCCGGCCGUUGUACCUGCCGUCAGUGCGGUCUCGGCGAUGGUUGAGAACCAGGCACGUUCGACGGAAUCAGUGGUGGCAUGUAUCGGUGCAACUCCCUGGGCCAUGCCCUCCGCACCGGCUGCUCUGCCCGUGCCGGCAUCUGCGCCUGCGGGUGACUCGGACAUGGCGAUCGUCGAGGACCAGGCUUGCCAGAUGACGGCGGCGGCAGCCUUAUUGGCCAUAACCGCAAGUCCAUGGGUUAUUCCCCCAGCCCGGGCUGCUCUGCCUGUGCCGGCCGCUGUGCCUGCCGUCGGCGAAAUAUCGACUACGGAUCAAGGGCAGGCACGCAAGACGGCGGCCGCGGCACCCUUAUUCGCCAUGCCCGCAACUCCCUGGGCCAUGCCCCCCGCACCGGCUGCUCUGACUGUACCGGCCGUUGUACCUGCCGUCAGUGCGGUCUCGGCGAUGGUUGAGAACCAGGCACGUUCGACGGAAUCAGCGGUAGUAGUCAAGCCCGCAACUCCCUGGAGUAUGCCCGCUGCCCCGGCUGCUCUGCCAGUACCGGUCGCUGUGCCUGCCGUCGGUGAAAUAUCGGCUAUGGAUCAAGAGCAGGCUAGCAAGUCGACGGUAGCCGAAGCGUUGGUAGCCAUGCCCGCAACUUCCUCGGCUAUGGUCCCCGCCCUGGCUGCUCUUCCUGCGCCGGCCGUUGUACCUGCCGCCAGUGCGGUCUCGGCGAUGGUUGAGAACCAGGCACAAUCAGCGGUAGCAGCCAUGCCCGCAACUUCCUCGGCUAUGCUCCCGGCCCCGGCUGCUCUGCCUGUGCCGGCCGCUGUGCCUGCCGUCGGCGAAAUAUCGGCUAUGGAUCAAGAGCAGGCUAGCAAGUCGACGGCGGCGGAAGCGUUGGUAGCCAUGCCCGCACCUUCCUCGGCUAUGGUCCCCGCCCUGGCUGCUCUUCCUGCGCCGGCCGUUGUACCUGCCGCCAGUGCGGUCUCGGCGAUGGUUGAGAACCAGGCACGUUCGACGGAAUCAGCGGUAGUAGCCAUGCCCGCAACUCCCUGGAGUAUGCCCGCUGCCCCGGCUGCUCUGCCCGUGCCGGCCGCUGUGCCUGCCGUCGGUGAAAUAUCGGCUAUGGAUCAAGAGCAGGCUAGCAAGUCGACGGCGGCGGAAGCGUUGGUAGACAUGCCCGCAACUUCCUCGGCUAUGCCCCCCGCCCUGGCUGCAUUGCCUGCGCCGGCCGUUGUACCUGCCGUCAGUGCGGUCUCGGCGAUGGUUGAGAACCAGGCACGUUCGACGGAAUCAGCGGUAGUAGCCAUGCCCGCAACUCCCUGGAGUAUGCCCGCUGCCCCGGCUGCUCUGCCCGUGCCGGCAUCUGCGCCUGCGGGUGACUCGAAGAUGGUUAUGGAUGAGGGGCAGACACGCAAGACGGCGGCCGCGUCAGCGUUGGUAGCCACCGCAGCAACUCCCUCGACUAUGCCGCCUGUGCUGGCCGCUGUGCCUGCUGUCGGUGGGAUCUCGGCGAUGGAUGAGCAGCGGCCUUGCAAGACGGCGGCGGCGGCGUCAACGACAGCGGUCAAGACCGCCGCCACCUGGUCAAUGGCUCCUCUACUGGCCGCUCUGGCUGUUUCGGGAGAGCAGGCCGGUGAGCAGGAUGGGGCGACGGGGGUGCAGGAAAGCAAGAAGGAGGACGAGGAGUUGGGAGAGGGAGAUAUUCGACUCGAGCGCAAGGCUUCCAUCGAGGAGGCCCAGGGCGAGCCAAACCGAUCCCGGGGGCUAGGCGACAGCGAACAUGGUGGCGUCGGCCGAAGGGCUGAACAUAACGCCACAGUAUCUCCGCCCAGGUUGUCACCCCCCGCCCCUUCAAAGACCCGCCAAACGGCGGUAGCAGUGGCCGAGCCGCUGGCGGCCAAGACUGAGGAACAAGUGCCGCUGUUGGGGCUUGCCGAGACCAACUCCAGACCAUCACACCCCACAUGCGCACCGGUAGCGGCGACGACGGUAGCGGAUCCAGCCUACGGAGAGACUACCAAAGGGUUCAUCACCUUUUCACAAGGCGCUGCUCUUGACGACAAGGCCCCCACCACUGCCUCCACGUCAUCGAGGGAUACCGCUCAGCUGCUGCUUCUGAGAGACAGAGCGGUGCUGCGGGAACGGAAGAGGGCGGAGAUGAAGAUGUCGUCGAGGUCGUCUUUGUUGACCAUGGCCUCCCCAGCCAGAGCAGCAGCGGCGAGGACGAGGACCCGCGCUCGUUUCUCCCGGCAAGCCAGGGCCGCCCGCAAGGCGCUUCGGCGAGAGGACGUGAUGUCUCGCGGGACAUCAGUGUUGUGGCGUGGUGACGGCAGCAACAACGGUGGAACGACUACGGUGGGUAAGGAGGGGGGGAGGAGGCAAGGGACAACCGUGACGACGGUAAGGUCGCCAACACCCCUAACGGCUCGGUCGAGGCCUCUCAGAGCCAGUCCUGGUCGUUGUCCGCGGAGAUCGUUCAACGACCGCAGCAGCGGCAGCAGCAGAAGCAACAGGAGCGAUUUUCGACCCUUGUCGGAAUGCACCGCAUCGUGUCCGAUAUCCGGACGGUGA